CAAGGUUAAAAAUCUAUAUUAAGAGCUAAGUUUAUAUUAAAAAGUCAAUUCAUUAAGUAUGUUAUUAAUGUUAAAGAUUAAAAACAUAUUUGUCUAAAAAGCAAUUCAACUGAGAGAGAAAAUAAAUAGGAAGUUUAUUUUGAAGGAGGUGGGUUGGGGAUGUGCUGUCAGCCAAUCAGGAAGAAGCUCGGACUGUUGACCUGCACGGAGCAGAGUUCACUUCCCCUUGAGCUGUUGGAAGAACAGAGAGCAAACCCCACGUCGAACGAUACCUACCUCGUCAAGACAUUCCAAUAGAAGUUGUUAAAACUCAGAAUAAAAAACUCUUAAAAACAAUCCAGUGUGGAGCCCUGGACCUGUGAGAGUGCAGCCGGAGAGAACUGACGUGUCCCUCACGAAGAAAACGCAUCGGUCAGGUUUUUUUUGUUGGACCCUUUGAACCUUUGAUCUACCUGGAUGUUGGAGCCUGGAUCGAGACAUUGAUGGCGAGCCACAGCCCAGAGGAGAACUAGAUAUACGGCGCCUGCAGAUUUCAACACUUCAUUACACACACACGCACCCACCACCAACUGUGCGGUAGGACAAACUCUCUCCACUUCCACAGUGGACCGAACUGAACUGGAACUGAAACAGAAUUGAAGUGACUCAGAACGGGGGGGAAAUUCCGAACUUUAAAUCACAGCUGUGAGUUUUGUUUACAUUUUUUAUUUUUCUACUUACCCGGGUAAGAUUUGUGUAAUUUUAAAGUGUUUAAUUUUUAUAUGUUUUGCUAUCCUUCCCACACAUGUAAUAAAGGGAAGCGAUUUUGUUUCUCAAAGAAAGCAUAACUGUGUUUGAAUCAUUCCUGGCGUAUUGUUUGGUUAAUCCUGGGCUCCGUAGUCGAACAUAGAACUUCUGAUCCCACUGGCCAUAAUUAAUCAUUUUAUAGAGUAAUCCAUUUCUGUUUCCCACCCCUAAACGGUUACAUAAAAUUUGGCGAGCCAGCCAGGAGCCUAGUUCAUUGCCAAACAAUUACCUGGAACUAACUGCUUUUGUUUACUGCAUGAUAAUUCGACACACUACUAGAAAAUGGAUAUUAUUGAUAAAUUGAGCAUCAUGGUCCCAAAUGCAGUUCUAGUGAGUGGGUUGACAGGAUCCGAGAAAGAUGAAAACAUUUUUGACUUUUUGAAAAAAUAUGGUUCAAUCAGUAGGACUGUAAAGAUAGAUGACCCAACUACAGAGUUUCAUACAAACAUGAUAGUAGAGUAUAACCACGGCACUGCUGUACAAGCAUUAGAACCUCUUUUGCCUUACACUCACCCAUUCCCAGACAGUCCUGAUAUCACCUACUAUGUUCGAGCCCUUGCAAGUGUCUACACACAACAAGUAGGCAGUAAUGUCACACAAACUUACCUUGACAAGCUCAAAGAAAUAGCCAAGCUCAGUGGAAAGGAUUUAGAGGAGGUUUUGAAGGAGGUAAUGUCCCAAAUAGAGGAGUCUAUUGAGGGUGCUGGAUCCAGUGAGGAUCCUACUUCCCUCCAACACCUACAGGAAGUUGAGCAGGCUGCAGAGACCAGCCAGCAUGACGUUCCAUCACAACAGCUGGUUGAUGUUUCCCCUUGACAGCUUGAUCUCUUGGAUGUUAAUCAGAGGAAAACUGCUCCCUCAUUUAACUCAAAGACACCCAUGACUCUGAGCCCCAGUGAACUCAACCCACUUGAGGUGCAAAAAAUAGUGGUGGAGCACAUUGUAAGGAGCGAAGACAAACCAUCACACUCUCAUUCCACUCUGAGGUUGAGAGCUUUCUCUGGGAAAAUCCCUAGACCAUACAGUGAGGUUGAUUACGACGCUUGGCGGUCUCAUGUAGAUUUAAUGAUGAAAGAUUUUUCCAUUUCUGAUCUUGAGAAAACAAGGAAAAUCCUUGAGAGUCUUCUCAUCCCAGCUUCUGAUGUUGUUAGACAUCUUGGUCCUGAAGCACCCCCUACGGCUUAUCUGCAAAUGUUAGACUCUGCAUUUGCCACCGUUGAAGAGGUGGAGGAACUGUUUCUAAGGUUCAUGAACACGUUCCAGGACUCUGGAGAAAACCCGUCUUCCUACCUGCAGCGUCUUCAAGUUUCCCUGUGCAAAGCUGUGCGCAGAGGAGGUGUCCCAGCACAGGACGUGGACAGUCACCUACUUCGACAGUUCUGCAGGGGCUGUUGGGACAACGUUCUGCUUAAAGAUCUCUGCCUAGAACAUAAAAAACAGAACCCCCCAUCAUUCGCUGAACUCUUAAUGCUUUUACGUACUGAGGAAGAGAGGCAGGAAGCCAAGGCCAUGAGAAUGAAACAACACUUGGGCACCACGAAGCAGAAAGCUGUGUCCCACGUGCAAACUGUGUGUAACUGUGGUGAGACCCAAGCUGAGCCUGACACUAGCAGCAUAAAUGAGCUAAGGAAACAAGUUGCAGACUUAAAAAGUCAGCUAACAUCCUUCAUGAAAAAGAAAAGGACAGUGCCUCCCAAGAGAGAAACUUCAAAAGUGGUGAAAACACAAAAACCUGACCAUGCAACCACAGAAACCAACUUAACUUCUCACAAGGGUGCAACUUCCAGGCCAAAGCCUUGGUACUGCUUUCGCUGUGGGGAGGAUGGGCACGUCGUUGCCACUUGUGAGUCUGAUGCCAAUCCUGCUUUGGUAGCAGCAAAACGGAAAGAACUGAGACGACAGCAGUUGUGGGAAGCACAGAACACCCCUACUUUCCCUUUAAACUGAGUUCAGUUCCUGUCGAGGGACAGACAAGAACUGAUAUUGGUCAACCAUGUCCCACUGAACCCAAGCAACGUGUCAUGCUAAAACAGUCUUAUACAAGAAGUCGUCCCUUCAAGCUACCUAAAGGCUUAGUAGGUACAAAGAGCACAGCACGAGUGGAAGUGGAGGGGAGCUCCACAAUCUCCUUAUUGGACACAGGCUCCCAAGUUACCACGGUCCCUCAGUCCUUCUAUCAGCAACACCUUUCUGGACAUGAACUCAAACCACUGUUCGACUUACUUGAAGUUCAGGGAGCCAAUGGUCAGUGUGUACCUUACCUUGGAUACAUUGAGCUGAGUGUCACCUUCCCCAAAGACUUCGUGGGAGUGGAAAUCGAGGUGCCAACACUCGCCUUGGUGGUUCCAGAUGUUCAUGCUGCUUCUGACUCACUCAUGCUGAUAGGUACCAACACGCUCGAUGUACUUUAUGAGAUGUACUGCGAAACUGCUCCUGAGGCACAGCAGCCAGCAGCACAUGGCUACAAGGCAGUGCUCAAAGUCCUUGAGCUCAGGCAGCAACAGAGUAAGCAUGGUAACCUUGGGUUGGUGAAGAUACAUGGCAAAGACCCCCAGUUGGUCCCAGCUGGCCAGACUGUGGUCUUGGAAGGUUGUGUUGCAGUCAGUGGAUUCACUACGGAGAAAUCAGUAGUUCUGGAACACCCUUCCUCAUCUUCGUUGCCAGGUGGUCUGCUGGUGAAAACCUGCCUUGUUGAUUUGCCCACUACAAAGCCAUGCAAAGUCCCAGUAAUACUUACCAACGAGUCAGACCAUGAUGUUGUUGUCCCCCAAAGAUGUAUUAUUGGUGAGAUCAAUGCCUUUCGGAAAGUUCUCUCACAAGAGCAUAGUGUACUUACCUCAAAAUCAGACUCUCUCCAGAAGUCAGACAUCACAUUCAACUUCAGUGAUUCUCCAGUUCCUGCUGAAUGGAAAGAGCGUAUCACCUGGAAACUGAACAGCAUACCUGAAGUUUUCGCACAGCAUGAUCUUGACUUCGGCAGAACUGAUCGGGUUAAGCACCAAAUCAAGCUCUCAGACGAGACGCCGUUCAAGCACAGAGCCCGCCCUAUACAUCCCCAUGACGUGGAGGCUGUCCGUAAGCAUUUACAAGAACUGCUUCAAGCUGGAGUAAUCAGAGAAUCUGAGUCUCCAUUCUCGUCGCCCAUAGUGGUAGUGAGGAAGAAGAACGGAGAGGUCCGUCUCUGUAUUGAUUAUAGGAAACUCAAUCUCCAGACUGUGAAAGAUGCUUACGCCCUCCCAAACAUGGAAGAGGCGUUCUCCUCACUCACUGGGUCAAAGUGGUUUUCCGUCCUUG